GGGCUAGCACGCCGUGUGACGGCAUCACGCUGCGCCCCAUGCUUCGCCUGCCUGGGUCCAAGUGGUAGAAUCCAGAGGUGCUCAGAGACCCAUAAUGUCAAUAGUCCGUUCAUCCGUCCAUGCCAAAUGGGUUGUGGGGAAGGUGAUUGGUACAGCAAUGGUAAAAACUGCUAAAGUAAGGGCGACCAGGCUUGUUUUGGAUCCCUACUUGCUAAAGUACUUCAACAAGAGGAAAACCUACUUUGCUCACGACGCCCUCCAGCAGUGCAGCGUCGGGGACAUCGUGCUCCUCAGAGCUCUGCCCGUCGCGCGAUCCAAGCACGUGAAACACGAACUGGCCGAGAUCAUUUUCAAAGUCGGCCGAGUUAUCGACCCCAUCACAGGGAAGCCCUGUGCAGGAACCACCUACCUAGAGAGUCCGCUCAAUUCCGAACCCACUAACCUAAGCAAGACUCUGGAAGAACUCAAGAUCUCUUCCACCUAGGACAGGAGCCGCCAAAGGGAUUGCUGUCUGUGUGGCUCCUGCAGGCUUCCAUUAGUAACCGUCCAGUUUCUCUUGUGACGUUGAUGAAAUAGUAAAAGUAAAUGAAGCCAAGUACUGACAGGG